UCCAAAAAACCUUUUUUUUUUCCUCUCGCUCUCUCUCUCUCUCUCUCUCUCUCUUUUUAAUUACCAAAUCUCCCCAUUUCCCCUGUUCCCGUUCGCCAACGGUCAUCGGAUUCUUUCCGAUCCUCAUCGAGAUCGCGUGAUUCGAGCAUUUGGAUCGGAGAAUUUGGAUCUCCGCUAUGUGAUUUUGAAAUUUUCAUCACGAGAGAUGGGCGUGGAUGUAAUAAUUGAAUUCGUUUUCUUUCUUCCAUCCAAACUCUGACCCCCUCUGAACUGCAAUCCAGUUCGAACGUUCUGAGUUUUCUGACUCGUGGUGGGUUCUCGAUCCGGAUCACAGAAAGUGGCGAAUCGAGAAUUGUGAAGUACUUCAAUUUUCUAUAUAUAAUUUGUUAGUUGCUGGCAUCAAAGAAGAACAACUAAUACCAUGAUGCGACAUACAUGUACGGCUCAUUGAUUGUCUUUUGCGGGUUGGCCGAAGUGGACUUGGCCAAUCAUUGACAUUAUGAAAGGAGAUGAAAGAACUGUAGAGAAAGAAGAAGUAGAAGAGGAAAUAGGUGAAAAUCUAACUAGGGCAUGCUAUUUCCGCUCUUCUCAAGGCUACUUGGACCAUUUCAUUUUCACUUUCGACUUUUUCCGAGGCAAACCCAGUAUGUCCAACUGGUUAUACGGUGAAGUUCUUAAGGCUGUAUUUCCCCAUUUGGACGGUAAAGACCUUGUAUCGUGCAUGCUGGUCUGUCGUCAGUGGAGGGACAUUGCAAGAGAGGACUAUUUUUGGAAAUGUAUUUGUGCAAAAAGAUGGCCGUCGGUUUGCAGGAAACCCCCUCCUGCCCUAAGCUAUUUCAAUCUUUUUGCGACCUUCUCCAAGCCCCACCGCUGUCAAACCCUCCCCCCACCAAUGCUUUCCUUCGAUGACCUGGUCUUCUACAUUGACCUCUGGUUGGAAGAGAGAGUUAUAUUGUCUGAAGCAGUCGCAGGACCUGCGCUUCGAUUGGGCAUAAAGAACCCGCCGCACGGCAUACCGGAUGUCCUCAAGACCCACCUGGACGGCCCAGAUUGCAAGCUGCUGAUGCAGGUGGAGCCGAGGCUGACAGACGUUCUGGGACAGUCAGUUACCGUGUCAGUCCUCGUGGCCCGGAAAGACACCAAUAAGAUGGCCUGCAUUGUUAACAAAUCUCUUUUUGAUUAUGUCGAUAGUACUGCAGGGCGGGCACUGGCUUACGACUAUCUCACCUUCUCUCCCCGGUACCCGUUCAUAGCUGAUAUUCGGGCUUGGGUGUCCUUGCUCUUUUUGGCGAAAGGCAACAGUGUUAUCGAAGUGUUUGGAAUCGAAAUUGAUUUCUGUGAUGCUGCGCAGUCGGAGAUGGAGGUUUUGUGGCUCUUAGACAUGCUUGACUGGAAAUAAAAUGAGGGGAUUAUGAUGUUGUUGCUUGUAAAUAGGCAGGAAAUAAAUUCGAGUUAUCUGAAUUUUCUUGAGGUAAUCUCUGCUAUUUAUUGCUUUUAGUACGAAAUAUCUGUUCCUAUUUUCUGGUUUCUUCUGAAUAUUUUGAAAUGAUCUUGCUCCUUACUGCUUAGUGUGCAUGUUUUCAAAUUCACAAACCUAAGGCCUAUUGGGAUAUCUAAUGUUAACAGAAUCUGGAGUUAUUCCUCUGCA